AUGCUCGCUUUACCACAAUACACGACAAUGAAAGGUGCUGAGGAGCACUGGGGAUUCAUUCACAUUGCUUAUAAACGAGCUUUGGUUGAUCCACUCUAUGCAGAUGCUUUCACCUAUUCAGAUGUAUCGCGUGUAACCGCUCACGAAACUGUCCAUCAGUGGUUCGGCGAUUUGGUCACAAUAAAGUUCUGGCCGGUGAUAUUCCUGAAUGAAGCAUUCGCAAAUUAUUGGGAAACAUUCGGCGUUGAGAGGGCAUUCCCGACUCAGUCCAAAUACAAUAAAUUCGAGCGGUACAGAAAAGCAUUGGCUGCAUACGAGAUCGACUCGUAUGCUAAUACAUCAAAACCGGUCGUGCCUGACAAACCGAAGUAUUUCACAAGGAUUCCAUAUAAUAAGGUUGAGUACAAUUCUUCUCGCUUAAAAUAG